GCUGUCACGGGGAGAACAUGCAAACUCCACACAGAAGGGCUCCCUCAACCCUCUUGCUGUGAGGCAGCAGUGCUAACCACUGCAGCACCGUGCCACCAGAAAUGGAAUAUAAUAAUGUUGGAGAAAUGGCCUCAGAUAUGAUGGCGGCUGCGGCCCUGGGUCGACCUUUCACCCUAGGAAUGCUCUAUGACGCGCGUAAAGAUGAACUGAUCCCAGGUUUUAGACUGUGGGACGGUAAAGUUCUACAGGAGAGGAUAACUGAAAGUCCUCAGCGCAGCAGUGCCUUUGCCAUUUCUGCAUCUGACUCCAUUGAAUCCAAGUCCUCUCUGCUGAAGGUCGAUGCUUCUCUGAAGGCCAGUUUCAUGUGUGGAAUGUUUGAAGUCGAGGGAUCUGCUGAGUAUCUGAAUGACAAGAAGAAAUUUAAGAAUCAGAGCAGAGUGACGUUUCAGUACAAAGCUACCACCCACUUCAAAGAGCUGUCACUGACGCACCUUUCAGUUAUGAACCCACAACAGAUAAAUGUCAUUAAGAAGGGCUUGGCAACACAUGUAGUCACGGGCAUCCUUUAUGGAGCAAAUGCUUUCUUUGUAUUUGACAGUGAGAAGCUAGAAGCCAGCAGCGUCAGGGACAAAGAGGUCAAAAUGAAAGCUGUGAUACAGAAGAUUCCUGAUUUUAAUAUUCAGGGAAAAGUUGACAUCAAGCUGACUGAAGCAGAAAAAGCCCUGACCCAGACCUUCUCCUGUAAAUUCUACGGAGACUUCAUUCUUGAAAGCAAUCCUGCAACAUUUGAAGAGGCAGUGAAGACCUACGCACAACUGCCAAAGCUACUGGGACAAAAUGGAGAGAAUGCGGUUCCAGUGAAGGUCUGGCUGAUGCCGUUGAAGAAUUUGGACUCUGAGGCUGCUGAGCUGACGAGUGGGAUCAGCGUUGGACUGGUGAGGAAGGCUCAGGACGCCCUGGAAGAUUUGAGGGAAAUAGGAAUCAGAUGCAAUGAUUCUCAGGAAGACAGAGUGGUGGAGAAGUUUCAACACAUUCAGGAAGAGUUAAGCACUUUCCAAAAACUGUGUGGCGAUUACGUAUGUAAACUCCAGAACACAAUGGCGGAGAAACUUCCCUCUAUCCGUGAGGGUAAAGAAGAUGAGAGCUCAGUUGAACAGCUCUUUGAAGACAGAGACAAGUCACUGUUCAGUCAUGACAAACUAAGCAAGUGGCUGGAUCGCAAAGAGAGAGAGAUUAACGUCAUCAGAUCCUGUGUGGACACCAUGGAGGGAGCAAAGGUCGUCCUGAAUCAGUCCGAGCUGGACAGAGAGAUUCUGGCUCCAGGUGUAGAGCACGUUCUGUGCUUUGUUUUCACCUCCAUGAAAAGGGGUGACAUUCUGAACUCUGAAGAGCAGUGGUACUCCUCAGAUGGUGUUGUGAUGAAAAUGAGAAAAAAAGCCGAAGCUUUCAGGGACCUCGCCAAAGCACUGAGGAAAAACAGCAGAUUCUGUUUCCUUGUUGCAGCCAUAGAAAAUAAGAAAUACACAGGAGCAACAAUCUACCACUACAAGGACGGCAUUCUGGACACUGAGGAUUUUUCAAAGCCUGACCUCCCUGAUGUGGAGACCAUCACAGACAGAAGAGAUCUGAUCUGGUAUGCCUGCGAUCUCACCCUGGACCCGAACACUGCAAACAACUACAUCACUCUGUCCGAGGGCAACAAGAAGGCAACGUGUGGAGCGUGGCAGACAUAUCCUGAUCACCCAGAGAGGUUCAGUAAAUACCCUCAGGCGCUGUGCAAAGAGAAGUUAAAUAAGCGCCAUUACUGGGAGGUAGAGUUGAGCGCUGGUUCCAUUGAAUCUUCUUAUGUCGCUGCUUCGUACAAGAGAAUUGAAAGAAAAGGAAGCGGUCCAGAGAGCGUCUUUGGAUCUAAUACCAUAUCGUGGACUUUUGGCCAAUAUUUAUCAUCUAAAAUACGCUCACUCAGGGCGUGGCAUGAUGGUAUGGUGUGGGAAAUUGCUUUUCCCUCAAGCUGCUGCAAUGUAAUUGGGGUGUUUCUGGACUGGCCUGCUGGCACUAUGUCUUUCUACAGAGUCUCUUCUAACACAUUGAGUCACCUCUACACCUUCCACAACACAUUCACUGAGCCUGUUUACCCUGGCAUCUGGGCUAAUAAAUAUAACAAUUUUGUGUACCUGCGUCCAGUUGAAUAAGAGCCACGAAGAAGACUUAGAUUCCUGGUCUGGUAAUGGGGAUAUGAGUUUACAUUUUAAGUUAGUUAGUCUGUCCCUCAAGGAUGUUGCCACUGCAACAUUUAACACAAAUUCAGCCGAUGCCAAUCAAUUCUGCAUGACCUUGCAAUUUUGUCCAAUCACUGCAAAUUUGACUUUUUAAAAGGGAUAAAAUCUCAUUUCACUGUUGUGCUGCAUGCAGUGUAUUGAAUUACUCAGCAUCCCCCUCUCUUUCUCUGUUUAUCAUGAAACUGCUGCUGUGGGAGUGUGAGCUCCACAUGUGGGACAGAGUCACACACAUACACGCAAUGACAGAGCUAACUGUUAGCAUCACAUGGCUAAUGUUACCAAUGGUUAUUAACAGGUCGAAUGACAGAGUUGAGCCAUUUCAGUGUGAGAUUAACAGCUCGGUGACAGGUGUUAAACACUGCUUCGGCUCAAGCAGCAAAAUAUGACAAAUGUUGAUGAGAUCACGUUGUGUUGUGAGCAGCUAAUGCAGUGGGUCGUUUAGCUGCCCCCUUCCAUCCACCCCCCGCCAUCACAAAUAGAUUCUAAUUCUGUGGGAAACACUGAUUACCAUAAUAAUAAGAUCUACAUACUGCACGUGACAGCAUCACAACUAUUCUUGCAAUUUUCCCUUGCCCCACAAUUUCAUUGCAAAAAAAACCCAAAACCAUAUAACUAUACAUUACAACAUGCAUUACAUUUUUGUAGAAAAGCUGCAGUGAAAUCAGGCAUUUCAGACUGCAACAAUCUCAACUUUUUUGGUCUUUUUGCCUUUUAAUUAUAGGACAGCUUGAGGGUGGCAGGACAGGGGGGGGGGCAGAGAGAAGGGGGAUGACACGCAGCAAAGGGCCGCAGACUGAAUUUAAACAAAUGCUGCUGCAAGGAUUCAGCCUACAUGGAGAACACAAACUACUAGGUGAGGUCGCCCCAGUUUAAGUACCACAUUUUUCCUUAAACAUGCUUCAAGGUAAAAGAUGCAGUAUUGUCAGUUACUGUUUGUAGACACACUUGUCAAUUUUUUUUAUGAAAUGCAUUCAAAAAUUGCUGAUGUAACUAGAGACCAUUUGCAGUGUGAUCAGAAGAGCCGCAAUGCCAAUCUGCAACCCUAAAACGAAGGUGGGCCAGGAUGUAAAGUGGCGGCAAAUGGCCCCUUCCCUACUUCCUACCCCCCUACUUAUAGCAUCCUUGCUCUGACCACACCCAUCUUCAAACUGGGCCUUCAUUAUGAUCUCAACUACACACCUCUGAAGUAUCGUGACAGCAUCUUGCAUGGUUGUGACGCAAUGGUGGUGAAAAAAACUGUCCACAGAGAGACAUGUAAACAUGUGGCAGAAUACUCAAAACAGCUUCUGUGGUAGUUCCCACUAUGAUAAGUGUCACCAGGACCACAUUUUACCACGACACACACACAUAUUCACAAGGUGAAAACAACACCAGCCCAGCUGUCGCAUCUGGUAACAGACUGACCGUAAUUUUCUGUUGAUCAGUUCAUGCUGAUUCUGUGCGCAGCCUUCCUCUCCAACUGGUUUGUGCUUCACAGCUUCACAAUCAGUUAAACAUCUGAGUGCUUCAUCCAUCGCUGAGAAGAAAUACUUAUAAUGCAGGCAGUGAUCUCCGUCCCUGUUCAGCUGGCUUGUUACUGAUGCAUCACUGUGUAUGGAGUAUUUCCUGCUGUAGCUGGUUUCAGAAAAGCUCAUUUUUGCUACGUUAUAUACUGAUUGGUAGUUUAAUCUACCUCAAUACAUGUUUAACAAAAUUAUUGUCAGUUUUGUGUAUAAAAUUUUAUCCUGCAAAGUAACUUAUAACUACAGCUGUCAGAACACUUCCCUCUGAAAUGCACUAAAGGAGAAGUGUUGGAUUGA